AUGAAAAAAACUACCCACAGUUGCUUCUUACUGAUUAUCUUUCUUAUUAGAGUGGUUCCAAGUCUUACUGCUACUGUAAAUUAUACUGAUCCUACAUUAGAGCCUGUAGUAACUGAAAAUUCAGUCAUACGACAGAAGAUAAUAGAUUCGCAGUUCAAAUGCUAUGAGAGGAUGAACAGAGCUCCUCCAUAUAGGAAAAAAGGUCUGUUCUGCAACCGAACAUGGGAUGGCUGGUUGUGCUGGGAUGACACUCCUGCUGGCAGAAUCACUGCUCAGAACUGCCCAGAUUAUUUUCCAGACUUUGACCCAACUGAAAGAGCUUCAAAAUACUGUGAUGAAACUGGAAACUGGUUCCGCCAUCCUGAGAGCAAUCGGACUUGGUCCAACUACACUCUGUGCAACUCAUUCACAUCUGAAAAAUUGAAGAUGGCGUUCAUACUUUAUUAUAUGGCGAUCGUUGGCCAUGCUUUGUCUAUAACAUCCCUGUUGAUUUCCUUGGCAAUUUUCUUCUAUUUCAAGAGUCUCAGUUGUCAAAGGAUAACACUGCAUAAGAAUUUGUUUUUUUCUUACGUGCUGAACUCCAUGUUUACCAUUGCCCACCUCAUCAUCGUUGUUCCUAACCCAGGCCUUGUGAAAAGGGAUCCCGUAAGCUGCAAAGUGCUGCAGUUCUUUCACCAGUACAUGCUGGGCUGCAACUACUUCUGGAUGCUGUGUGAAGGCAUUUACCUGCACACGCUGAUUGUGGUGGCUGUCUUUGCAGAGGAGCAGCGCUUGCACUGGUACUACCUCUUGGGCUGGGGGUUUCCUUUAGUGCCAGCUUCAAUUCAUGCGGCUGCAAGAGCCAAAUACUUCAAUGACAACUGCUGGAUGAGUGUUGACACUCACUUGCUUUAUAUUGUUCAUGGACCUGUAAUGGCAGCUUUAUUGGUCAAUUUUUUCUUUUUGCUUAACAUUGUCCGAGUUUUGGUGACAAAGCUAAGAGAUACCCACCGUGCUGAGUCCAACAUGUAUAUGAAAGCUGUCAGAGCCACGUUAAUCCUGGUUCCCUUACUAGGAAUUCAGUUUGUUAUUAUACCCUGGAGACCAGAAAACCGACUUGCUGGAGAAAUAUAUGAUUACAUCAUGCAUAUAUUAAUGCAUUACCAGGGCUUGCUUGUGGCAACUAUAUUCUGCUUCUUCAAUGGUGAGGUACAAGGGGCUUUGAAGAGGCAGUGGACACAGUACAAAACUCAGUGGGGCCAAAGGCGUCGAGAGCACUGCUCCACCAGAUCAACCUCCUAUACAGCAACGUCCAUCACAGAGGUCCCUGUCUACCUGUACCAUCAUGACUCCAACAACGAGCAGCUCAAUGGAAGAUAUGUAGACGACUCUGAACUUGUUGCAUUGAAGUCUGGGGAGACAUCAGCCUAG